AUGUCUCGACCAGCGUUAUCAACAGCCACUCGCCGGAUAUCCCGUGCUCGUCCCGCCCACUCUGCGAUCUCGUCGCCCGUCUCAUGUCCGAGUCGGACACCGGGCUUCUCCGCAUCUUUUUGCCAUGCUUCAUACCGAACACCGGCGGCCUCAAUAGCGACGUCUACAUCGAUCUCACCCGUGUCGGCCCGAAUUACUAGACCUAGGACUCCGAAAUGGCAUUUGAAUCGCGCCGAACCCCGGUCAGCGUUCUCCUCCACAGCUUUAACCUCCGCCGCGCAAGUCACGCAGAACCCGAGGACGGGUGAGGAUGGAAACACACUUAUGGUGCAGAUCUCAGAGCGAGCCGCGAAUCGCCUCCGCCAAAUAACAGACCCAACCUCCUCUCCCUCCGCCACCAAAGACGAGAACCCCUACCACCACCUCCGCAUCACCGUUACCAGCGGCGGCUGCCACGGCUUUCAGUACCUAAUGUCUCUUGAGCCGGCAUCCAAGAUCGACGCCGAGGAGGACACGAUAUUCGAGGCUGAGCCUUCGGCGGAGGGGUCUUCUGAUGCUGGCAACGGUAGCGCCAAGGUCGUUAUGGACGAGCCCUCUCUGGAGCUUUUGUCUGGGAGUACGGUUGACUAUACGACUGAGUUGAUUGGGAGCCAGUUUAAGAUUGUGGAUAACCCACGCGCGACGAGCAGUUGUGGGUGUGGGACGAGUUUCGACGUUGUUGACUAG